AUGCUGGAGCUGAACUGUUCCCUCGAAGCUGUUUUCAUAUCUGGUGCCCAAGUCUUCGAUGGCGUGGGCUGCCCCGAGGCCGCUGUGGGGUGUGGGAUGAAUAUCUCGCUGGUGCUGGCCAACGCCACCGAGCAGGAUCUGGAUGAGCUGUGUUUGAGUGAGGAGGAGUACCUGGCCAGGCGCCUGGGGCCUCUCCGUUCCCCCGUCUUCUCUCCCGUCUGCGCCACCUACCUCGCCAUCUUCAUGGUGGGCGUCCUGGGCAACUGUUUGACCUGCGCGGUCAUCUUACGCUACAGGGUGAUGCAGACGCCCACCAACUACUACCUGCUGAGCCUGGCGGUGUCUGACCUGCUGGUGCUGCUGCUGGGCAUGCCUUUAGAGCUCUACGACAUGUGGCGGAACUACCCUUUCCUGCUCGGCAAGGGGGGCUGCUACUUCAAAAUCUUCCUGUUUGAGACCGUCUGCUUCGCCUCAAUCCUCAAUGUCACCGCCCUCUGUGUGGAACGCUAUGUGGCUGUGGUCCACCCCCUGAAGGUCAAACACAUGACCACGCGCGCCCACGUCAGGAGGGUCAUCUUCAUGCUAUGGGUUCUGUCCAUGGUGUGUGCUGUGCCAAACACCAGCCUGCACGGCAUCAUGGUGCUGCCGCCAAGAUUUGGACGACAGUUUCCUCGAUCUGCAAUCUGCCAUGUGGUCAAGCCCACCUGGAUGUACAACCUGAUCAUCCUGAUUUCCACGCUGGUCUUCUUCCUGCUCCCCAUGUUGAUAAUCGGCGUUCUCUACCUGCUCAUUGGCCUGCAGCUCCGCAGGGAGAAGUUCAUGACCGUGGCGGACACCACGUGUAGCUUUGGAAGGGAAAGUGUCUUCGGGUUGAAUAAACAGAAGCUGAGCAAACGCAACGUGCAAGUCACCAAGAUGCUGUGUGUGUUGGUGGUCGUGUUCGGCCUCUGCUGGGCGCCCUUCCACGUGGACCGCUUGAUGUGGAGUUACAUCGACAACUCAUCCCAGCAGCACCUCAAGCUCUUCGAGCAAGUCCACGUCGUCUCCGGAGUUUGCUUCUACCUGAGCUCCGCCAUCAACCCCAUCAUCUACAACCUCAUGUCCACCAGGUUCAGGGAAAUGUUCAGUAAAGUGACUUGUUUUUCUGACAGCUGGCCGAUACGCUCCAUCUCACAGGGGACCCGGGGCAGCACCUUGAGCGAGCCAAAACUAUGAAUUGGACCGAUGGGCAAGUUGGGUGGAGCAGUGGUGUGAUUAGAGGGUGUGCAUUGUAAAUAUCUUUUCCCAACCUGUUCUUGUGAAAACAUCUCCCGUUCUGUGUACGUUGAUUUAACACUGACAUCUUCUGCUCUUUAAAACUUGUGACUUCCCUGAAAGUUAUUUUGUCAGUGUGAUACAUGGAUUGUUGUCUUUUACCCAUUCUUGCAAUGCUGGUUUCCCCCUAAUCUGACUCUGACUCCAUUGUUGGGAAUGGGCUUUAUUUUUUUUAUGGCAGCGUAAUGCAUUUUCAAUCACAUGCGUCAUGUAAUGUCAGGUGACUGCCUGCAGCCAACCAGAAGGACACCACCAGAGCAGAUAGAUUCAAAAAAGAUGUAUAUAUUGUAUUCAAAAUAAAGAAAAUUAUGUUUUCUUCAACUGCAUAUUGCAAAAAUGAUUGUUAUUAUGAUUCCUGUCCAGCUCGCUCCUAUUGAAAUUUGUUCCUGUCUUGUAAUCAGUCGUGAAACUGACCAUCAUCCUGCAGGAAUCAUGUCAACACACAGGACUUCAUAAAACGGUGGAGGGUAUUGUUCUCAGACGAACAAUGAAAUAAGCAUACAAAUACACACAGCAGCAAUUUUAUGCAAUGAAGACACAACCAUUUAGCAGCCUUGACGUUAAUUCAUUUCUAUUUAUGUAAUGUCUUUAUGGUAUUUACCUCAUAAUGCGAGGUAACAUUUCAAUGCUUGCCCAUUGAAUGAAGAGUGAAGGUAUACAAUGCCUCAUGUGUGAGAAGGAAACAAGAAUGAAAGUUAAUAAAGGGAAACAGGAUUAAUGACGGGAUGGUUUGAAUAUGACACAAUACUAAUUAGUCAGGUGCCUAAAAACUACUUUCAUUAUGUAUUAUAUGAAUAUAUAUAUAAAAUACAUUACGACUAUAUAGACCAUUGCAGC